CCACUUCAAUUUCCUUCCCCUCUUCACCAUUUUUACACUUUUUCUAUCGCUUUCCUUUUUUGGAAGAAUCAUUCACGUGAAGGGAAUGGAAUCAAUGAAGUUGAACUUCUUCGCCGUCGUCGUUGUCAUGUUGAUGGCCGUAUCGGCGGUUACUAAUGUCACUGCACAAAUAGCUCCGGCACCUCCCCCAUCCUCCGACGCCGUCGCAUUCGUCCCUACUGCUGCCAUUGCCUCCGUAAUUGCUCUAUCCGUCGGAUUCCUCUUCUAAAUUGAUUUGAUUCUUCAGAGAUCUGCUUUGUUUGAAGUGAUGGUAUUGGUACGUAGAUUUUUCCUUUGAAGGAGAAAAAUGGUUCAACAUCAUUUGUUUAAACGUAUUUAUUGGUUUUUUUUUUUUUUGUGAUUUAAUUCGUUUCAUUUGUGUUAGAUUGUGAUGGUGGUCUUGUAAUCCUUGAACAUAUUGGAGUUAUAUAUAGUUUUAGUGAUUGGAUUGAAUAAAUAUUUCUUAUUUCUUAUUUUUCU